AUGGCUUACCGAUUUGCCCUGAGCUGUGUACUACUGGCUAGCGUUGGCAUCUGCACCGCGACUUUUGGACAUGAACAUGUUCACAUUCGAGUCCAUAUACCUGAGGAGCAUCAUUCUUCAAAGGAAGUGGUAGUUCACGAGCAUCAUGAUGACCACGGACACGGCGGCGGUGGCGGCGGCGGCGGUGGAGGUGGAGGAUAUGGCGGCCACGGAGGAAGUUUUGCGGAUCACCUACAUGGAGGCUUCGCUGACCAUCUAAAAGGUGGCCAUGGAGGUGGUGGCGGCGGCGGCGGCGGCGGCGGUGGAUAUGGAGGUGGACAUGGUGGAGGAUACGGCGGUGGGGGCCACGAUUUUGGAGGUGACCAUGAUAUAGGCGGUGGCCAUGGAGGAUACUCUGAUGCUGGAUUCGGCGGCGGCCACGACUUAGGUGGCGGUCAUGGAGGGUACUCUGGAGGAGGAUUUGGAGGAGGCCAUGACAUAGGCGGCGGCCAUGCUGGAGGUGGCGGUCAUGGUAUAGACAUAGGAGGAGGUGGUCAUGGAGGUCACGACCUAGAUAGUGGUCAUGGAGGUGAUAUCGGCGGAGGUUAUGACUUAGGUGGUUCUCAUGGAGGUGGUUAUGACCUGGGCGGUGGUGAUGCUGGAUUUGGAGAUGGCGGUGGUUAUGGAGGUGGAUUUGGUGGUGGCCAUGGAGGUGGAUUUGGCGGUGGUCAUGGAGGUGGAUUCGGCGGUGGUCAUGGGGGUGGAUUUGGCGGUGGUCAUGGGGGUGGAUUUGGCGGUGGACAUGGAGGUGAAAUAGGAGACGGAUUCGGAGGCGGCCAUGGUGGUGGUCAUGGAGGUGGUUAUGGAGGUGGCCAAGGAGGAGGCUUUGGAGGUGGACACGGAGGUGGUCAUGGGGGAGGUCACGGCGGUGGUCACGGAGGGGACCACGGCGGUAGCUUUGGAGGAGGCCACGGCUCUGGCGGUGGAUUUGACAUAGGUUUUGGUGGAUAUGGAGGUGGACAUGACGAUCACGGCAGCAGUGGAUCUGGUGGACAUGAUAGCUAUAGUUCUGGAUUUACUGGUCUGAUUAGCCACGGAGGUGGAGGUGGUUUUGGAGGAAGUGGAGGACAUGGUGGAAGCCAUGGAGGAGGUCAUGGAGGUGGACAUGAUAGUUACUCCGUCGUAAGCCUUGACUCAUAUGGCAGCGGUGGACAUGGCGGAGACAGUUACAGCGGAGGAGGCGGCCAUGGUCACGGAUCUGGAGGCUUUGGUGGAGGACACGGAGACAGCUAUAGUGGUGGGUUCGGAGGCUCUGGGGGUCACGGCGGUCACGGAAGCUUUAGUUUAUCAGACUUAGGUGGUCAUGGAGGCCACGGCGGCCAUGGCGGGGGUGGUCACGGUGGUUUCGGAGAUAGUUACUCCAACGCGAUAGGCUCAGGUCACGGAGGAGGUCCUUAUCACAAAAGAAAGUAA